AUGACCACUGGUCAAAACGAUUUCUAUUAUUCCAACAAGUACGAAGACGACGAAUACGAGUACAGGCAUGUCCAUGUUACUAAAGAGGUCGCCAAGCUCAUACCGAAAAAUCGUCUCAUGUCUGAAACAAGAUGGCGAAGUCUUGGAAUUCAGCAGUCACCAGGAUGGGUCCACUAUAUGAUCCAUGGCCCGGAGCGGCAUGUUCUUCUGUUCCGCCGUCCGCUACCGAAUAAGAACAAUGUCGCCGGUAAUUAUUACGUCACCAUCAAGCACAGCUUGUAA